AUGGCAGUUAGAACGGCAUUUGAGAAUAGUUCAGAUAUUGGCGUAUUUUCCAAAUUGACAAACAGCUACUGCUUGACUGCACUCGGUUCAACAAACUUUUACUCGUCUUUCGAAGCAGAAUUGGGGGAUGUAAUUCCAGUGGUACAUACUUCAAUUGCAGGUACAAGAAUCAUUGGUAGACUCACUGCAGGUAAUAAGAAUGGCUUGCUCGUUCCAUCCACUACUACAGAUCAAGAACUCCAGCAUCUUAGAAACUCAUUGCCAGACUCUGUACAGAUACAGAGAGUCGAAGAGAGACUUUCAGCCCUAGGCAAUGUUAUAGCCUGUAACGAUUACGUUGCUCUCGUGCACCCAGAUAUCGAUAGUGAGACUGAAGAAAUAAUCGCAGACGUUUUGAAGGUUGAAGUUUUUAGACAAACGGUAGCAGAGAAUGUAUUAGUCGGAAGCUACUGCUCUUUGUCAAAUCAAGGUGGUCUCGUUCAUCCAAAAACUUCUAUACAAGACCAGGAUGAAUUGUCUUCUUUGUUGCAGGUUCCACUCGCUGCUGGUACCAUAAACAGAGGUAGUGACGUAUUAGGUGCUGGCUUGGUCGUAAAUGACUGGAUAGCCUUUACGGGCCAAGACACCACAUCGACGGAAAUUUCUGUUAUCGAGGCCAUCUUCAAGUUACAAGGUCAAGAAUCUACAGCUGUUGUGAAUGACUUGAGAGAUACUAUCAUUGAUCAGUACUCUUAG